UUUGUAAACAAUUUUCAGAUUGUAAAUUGUAUUUCAAGCAAAAUAAAAAUAAAAAAUUAAUAAUGGGCAGAGUCGAACCUCUUAACCCUAAGCCAUUUCUUAAUUCGAUGGUUGGCAAGAAAGUAGUCGUCAAACUCAAAUGGGGCAACCGUUUUCGAGGAACUUUGAUCUCUACUGAUGAUUGGAUGAAUUUGCAUCUUAUCAAAACCGAAGAACUUGUUGGACCCGAUCAAGGUGCAAAGAUUGGUGAAUUGAUGAUUCGGUACAACAAUGUUAUGUGGAUUGCUAAAUGUUAGCGGCCUCUUACUUUUUUGAUGAUGCUGGAUUAUAUUUAAAGAAUUUGUAACGAUGAUUGUCU